GGGGUGAUCUUGAUCAUGAUCUGUUGCUUGUUUUGGACUCGGCUGAAAAAUUGUUGAACUAAGACUAACGUUCGUAGAAUGACUCAGGAAAUAAACUACCGAGGUGAAAGACAGAACGCUAAGUGAUAGCUAGCGUGCUAUAGACUUCAUUUCUCAUUUCUCUUUUGUAAUAUUUGUCAUUCCCGGCAGCUCCGUUUUCUCAAAUUCAAAUCAUGAUGGGCGACGCGUGGUCCGUCUCCGUCCUCCGGAAAAUUUUCGUGCAUAAGCCGGUCACAUGUCUAUUGUUGCCGCUGCUAUGCUCCUUUCUGGCUUUUCACUACAAAUCUUUGCUCGCCUUCGCCUACCGAGACGCGCGACCGGCAACGGAGGGAGUUAAGAUCGCCUCCGUGAAUGGGGAGAAAGAGGGAGAGCAGACGGACAUUCCCAUCAGUGACGUUGUGGAAUCGGAUGGAUCGGUUUCCUCCGUUCAAGACCGGGCGCGGACGGGGGAGGCGCUGAAUCUUCUGCCAGCCUCGAACGUGACGUUCACGCAAAUGACACAAGCAGCUAAUAGCAGGUUCUCACAUGCUGGCGAGUACAAAGACAAAAUCGCAAACAUGGUGUGGAAAAAUUUUGAAAAGGAAGGAGCAAACUUGUGGUGGGCGGUGAACAAGCACGCUCGAGUCCUCAAGGAAUGUCUGACAAAUUUGGGGAUUAACUGCCCUCCGAUGCCUAACUCGCAGGACGAAUCGGCCGAAAAUUAUGUGGUAAUGCGAUUGGACGAACACGGGGACGGUACAGCCAACUUUCGGGACGCAAAUGCGAUGCGUGCCCUUCACGCGAAAUCCGAAGAAGAACAAGCCGUAAUCUUCCAGAUGACGAAACUCUAUGAAGCUACAGUUAAGGCAAGAGCAGCAUUUCCGAAACACGAUUCAGAUUCUUUCUCUUGGAGAAGGCUGCUGGCGGAUAAAAAACUUUCUGCUCUCGUACUUGUUUCAUGAUUUUGAUUUUAAACUCAUUCUACAACAAUAUUUUUCUUUUGUCCCGCCCUGAAGGCACAACGACACAGGAAGUAACGCAUUAUUUAAGAUCCGACAAACUCACUACAACAGGGCCCGCAUCAUGACUUCCCGAUUUUCAGUAAAACGGCUGAUAGGAUAGUGGACAAAAUGCUCGACGUCAUCAUGGAACACCAGAUUUUCGAGCAGAUGAACUCACACGAAGAGUGGGAGAAAUCAACACCCAAGGAGGAGGACGCCAGUGGACACACCCGGUGGAUGCCGUCUUUUUCCUCUAUGGUGCCCGACUCGUUGAAGGCGAAGCAUUUUUAUCCCGAUCUGCAGGCGGAGCUCGGUUCUGCCGAGGAUGUGCGCGGGCAUGUCGAUGCGUUCCGGGAGGCUGUUCAUGCGUUGGAGAAGUUUGUGCUGCAUUACGUGGCGAGUUUUCAUAACGCAAAGUAUUUUUUUGCGUGAUUUUGCUUCACCGAGUUAGCGUUUUUGUGUUCACGCAUUUUGGGCAUCCGUGCACAGCCAAUAUUUGCCAGUACUUACGCGCAAGCAAGGCUUGAGGAUGAUAGUGAUAUAUUAAUGAAGAAAGUAGAUCUUCUUGUUGUAGAAGAUGGAUAAGCGCAUCACUAUUCAAACUUGGCCUUCAGGAGACAUACGCUGAUUUACGAGAUAUUUAAACACGCCCACGACGCAGUGGAAGAGAUGCUGGGGCCCCAGGGAUGGCUCAAACAGCAUGACGAGCACGCGGCUGCAGCGGCAGCGCACACGACAGUCUCACUUCAAUCGGUCAUGGCCGAUAUACAGCAACCGCAUACGAAGGAGAAUCACUCGGAGCUCGAAAUGAUCUUGCAUUCUGUGCACAAAGACAAGCGCGAACCAAACAAAAUUUGCUUGCGCGCGGAACUGCAACACUUGGAGCAAAGCAACUUCGAUUACCUCAAGACACAAAAAUGGGCGUCACUUGUUCUUAACGAGGACGCCAGGAAAUCCCAUCGCGAACAAAUUUCCAGCCGCGGAAAACUGCUGAACAAUGCCGGAAAGCACCUUGCGCUGGUGAAGGAACUGAUCGACUUGGCGAAAAAACACGGACACGAGAAGGACGGGGCGCAACGCACCAGCCACGGGAGCAACUAG